GUUUAUGAAUUUGUUGAGCACGAUAGGUUCUAUUUGUUACUCACAGUGAUGUCGUUUCGUAGGAGAGGCUCUUUACCAUGGUCACGAGUGCUGGAGAUGGUUGAGUUCAUGGCCGAUGAGAUCGAAUACCCACCACAUUUCGCUUUCCAGCGAGUCAGAGAUCAACUGCUGAAUGCAUUCAAGGGUACUGCAGAUAUGCCGAAUAUAAAGGUCAGUGAAAUUGCAGGCGUAAAAACACUCAUUAAAACGACAUUCAUGCUAGUGUCAUUCCGAAGGCGAUACCAGAUCACAUAUCUCAUUAAUGUUUCAGAAGAACAUUUCAGUGAUGUGGCGCCAGAUGUGCGAAGAACCCAAUACUGUUAUGGUUUAGCGCAAACGCCGAACGGGAUAGAUGUGGUUGAGAAGUUAUACAAAUGGUUCGUGAAGAAUUCCUACUAUUUCCGAAGAGAUGACGAUAACCUUCUACAUGCGCUUGCAUGCUUACAGGAUGAAGCAACAAAGAAGAGGUUAGACGAUUUCCAUCAAAUUAGAUUGAUAGCGGAUGUUCUUGAUGGCCAUUAUCCGGUGGUACUUCUUGAGUACAUUGCACAACGCGACAGCACGGACACCCUUUUGUGGGAUUAUUUGGUUGCGAAUAGCGACGCAGUGUUUUACGGCGUACCAAGCUUAUCGUAUUACAUGGACGUGGCCGUCGGUAGCUGGAACACUCAGCAGCAGUUGGACAAGGUCACAAACAACACAAUGGCAAUGUCGACAACCAUUUUCAAGUGGAUAUUCAUUGUUGUUUGCAUAUUUGACUAUCACACAUUGUAUGCUGAUAUCACAUUCGUUGAUAAUAAGCAACAACAUGUAUCCGAAGUCGGAACUCCUCCAUCGCAUUUCAAAGACAAGCAACAAUUAGAGGUGAACGCCAGGUAUGGAGAAGCAGAUGUGGCCGAGCACGAGGACUUGAAGAGACUACCGAAUGUGCUCGAGCCAAAAGAGUACUACAUCCGCAUUAAACCAUACUUUCCCUAUCCUGCGAUUCAAUACCCACAGGGUACAGCAUUAUUUUCUCUGAAGACUUCAUCUCAUGCAUCUGAUAAGCAAAACUAUAGUGAACUCUUCUAUGAGGUCAUUCAGAAAUCGAGAUCUAUAAAGCAGAUACUGAGGAACGACUGCACAUUAAGUUUUAAACGCGUUUUGAGCUUACAAUUAGUGAGUGAGGAGCUUGCAGAACGGAAUAUGACAUUCGACGGCGUGACAACGUUCAUAUUCAAGGUGAAGAAGGCAACUUCGGUGUUCGUUCUUCACGCUCACAAUCUCGUAUUCGAUCACGUUGAAUUCACCGACAAUAAUGGUAUCUCGAUUGGCGUAAAAUCAACAACUGUAAACGCAACAUUGGAUCAUGUUACUGUGGAACCUGCAGUAGUACCCACUGUUGGAGAAACAUACCUGUUACAGUUCAAAUAUAGAGGAAUAAUCAAUUCAUACGAACUUGGCGGUCUCUUCUAUACGUAUUACGAUGAUAUUCAACAAACCAGACAUUGGAUGGUAGCAACGCAUAUGGAGACCGGUGUUCAUGCACGAUCGCUGUUCCCGUGCUUGGAUGAACCAGCCUACAAGGCCAUAUUCCACAUGACUAUUAUUUAUCCAAAACCGUUAAUCGCUUUAUCGAAUAUGAUGGAACGACCAUACGUCGAGCUACAUGAUCCAUGGGUUGUUGUUCGAUUUCCACCCACACCAAAACUCUCGACAUAUUUAGUGGCCAUGGCUGUUGGACCAUACGUGAGCAAAAGUAUAACAAACAAAGCUGGAACUCUGGAGGAAUAUUUGGGAUUUGCCGCGAUGGUUGCCGGCAAAUGUCUUGAUUCACUCGGCGAAUAUGUCAAUUUUCCAUUCCCACUGUCAAAAUCAGAUCAGCUCGGACUACCUAAAUUCCCGGCUGGAGCUGUCGAAAAUAUGGGACUUGUCAUAUACAAAUAUCAGUACAUUCAAUUCAAUGAACAGGCGAGACACUCACUAUUAUCCACAGAACUUUUCCUAGAAAAAUUUUCACUUCAAUCAAUCCAAGUGAAACAAAAGGCAGCUGGCGUGAUUUGCCAUGAGCUUGCGCAUCAGUGGUUCGGUGAUUUGGUGACGAUGACAUGGUGGCCUGAGCUGGUGGUUAACGAGGGCUUCGCGAACUACUUCGAGAUCUACAAUCAAGCCAUGGCAUUCCCAGAGCAUGCUCAAUUCUUGAAUCGGAGUAAUGUGCUAGCAUUUAGAUCGCUUAUCAUGAAAACUAAAGUCAAAGUAUUUAACUUUGCAGAGAUUGUCUACGAUAAGGGCGCGUCCAUUUAUCGAAUGGCUCACAUAACACUCGGGGAUAAGGCUUGGCAAGAGGGAUUAACUGACUACAUCCAUUCAUAUAAGUGGGGCAAUGCUAAUCAUGAAAUGCUGUUCGCAAAACUUACGAAAGCUGCUCAAGCACACAAUAUUGUCGAUUGGUGUGGAAGAGCGAUGGACGUGGCGAAAUUCCUUGAUCCGUGGUUCUUGCAACAGUGUUUCCCACUGAUCACAGUGACAAACAAUCAACUAAUGGCGCCGGCGCAGUUCACUCAACAACCUUUCGAUAAGCAAACUUUGUUGCCAACCAGUAACUUUAGCUACAGCUGGCCUGUUCCGAUGCACAUUCGAGACUAUAAGGGCGACCACAAAUCAAUUCUACAUUGGCUGAAGCCAAGCUAUGACCAGUGCGGUGGAGCAUCUCGAGCGGUUAAUGGAACACAUGCACUCCUUUCACAUCAAAAACAACAACAAGCAGCACCCUCUAAUAAAGCGUACUCCUCACCAAACCAAUUCGCCGUCCAUUGGGAACUCGGCAACUCAGGAAUGGUUGCGUUUGCACGUACACAAUACGACGAUAUUGGCUACAGUCGACUGGUUGAAGAUUUACGCAAAGGAUCAACUGAUUACUAUUCAAUGGCUGAUAGAGUCGCCUUUCUGGGCGACGAAAUUGCCUUAUUGAGGUCAUCUUUUCCUCGCAUCAGUACUCUCUUCAUAUCCACAUCUCAAAGGAUCAUUUCGAUACCACCUUAUCGUAGAGCUUAG